CUUUUAAAUGAGCAAGCUGAAUUACUUGGAGGAGGAAAGCAGGAGAGACAGAAGAGACAAACGCUAAGUCACUUGAAAGAAAGAAACCUCAGCUGCACAUUCUACUCUAGCUGAUCCUGAGGAGAUUAGAAAAUUACCCCUAGAAAAGGGGAAAUUUAACUUUUGAAGUACAGAAAGCACAAUUGUCUACAGAGUACUUGGAGGCAUCAUAGAUUCCUUACGACUUGGGAAUCAAGAUUCAAAUGCAAAUGAUUCUGCAGCCUUACUUAGAUCAGAAAUUGGGUUAAUAACAGAUACCUCCAAUCUUCCUUAAUAAGCAUGGAGAGAAAACUUAUGUCUUUGCCUCUAUCCACUUCCAUAUCAGAAAUGGAACCCAAUGACACCUUCAGCAAUAACAACAGCCACAAGGACUGCCUAAUUGGAAAAUUCAAGAGGGAUUUUUAUCCUAUUGUGUACCUGAUAAUAUUUGUCCUGGGAGCCUUGGGAAAUAGCUUUUCCAUAUAUGUUUUUCUGCAGCCUUAUAAGAAGUCCACAUCUGUGAAUAUUUUCAUGCUGAACCUGGCCAUUUCUGAUCUCUUGUUCAUAACCACACUGCCCUUCAGGGUUGACUAUUACCUCAGAGGCUCCGAUUGGAUAUUUGGGGACCUGGCCUGCAGGAUUAUGUCUUACUCCCUGUAUGUCAACAUGUACAGCAGCAUUUAUUUCCUGACUGUGCUGAGUGUUAUGCGCUACCUGGCAACUGUUCACCCCUUCCGGCUCCUCCAUGUCACUAGAAUCAGAAGUGCCUGGGUUCUAUGUGGGAUCAUCUGGAUCCUCAUCAUGGCUUCUUCCACAGUACUUCUGAAGAAUGGCUCUGAGCAGAAGGGUAAUGUCACAUCAUGCUUAGAGCUGAAUUUCAAUAAAAUUGUUAAACUGCAGAUCAUGAACUACAUCGCCUUAGCGGUGGGCUUCCUGCUGCCAUUCUGCAUGCUCAGCAUCUGUUACCUGCUGAUUAUUCGAGCCCUGUUAAAGGUGGAGGUCCCAAAAUCGGGGCUGCGGGCUUCUCACAGGAAGGCGCUUGUCACCAUCGUCAUCGCCUUGAUCAUCUUCCUCGUGUGUUUCCUGCCCUAUCAUGUACUGAGAACCUUCCACUUGGUUGUGUGGAAAGUGGGUACAUGCACAGACUGGCUGCAAAAAGCUGUGAUCAUCACACUGGCCUUGGCAGCUGCUAAUAGCUGCCUCAACCCUUUGCUUUAUUAUUUUGCUGGGGAGAAUUUUAAGGACAGACUAAGGUUUACAUUCAGAAAAGGGCAUGCACAGAGAACAAAGUGCAGCGUUCUUGUUGCCUGUGGUUGAAAAAGGAAAUAAGAAUGUAAGAGCUUAUUAAGUGAGGUUUUUUCUUAUAUUUCUCUAUCCACUUUUAUUAAAACGUAGUUUCCAAGUGACCAUGUAUUUACAUCAUUCCCAACAAAGGCUAUUUCCCAACAAUUACUUCACCAUGACUUUUACUAGUAAGACCUACUUCAAAAAUUUCAUUAGGUGCAUUUUCAGUGGUUGAGGCACAUGAGGAACAUAGUAGGGACACUCUUUACUAGAGUUUUGCAAUCUGAAGUGUCAGACAGAGACAAAAUGCCAAGUACAGUGGGUGCUACUUUUCAUCAGAUUCUGUACUAGAUGGCCCAUCAAGGAUUCUAAAUUCUUAACUUUAAGAUAACCCCAACUUAUCCAGCUCCUUCAUUUCCUCUUCCUUAUUCAAUCCCCCCUGAGAUAUAGCCAAUUAACAAAGUUGCUGGAGGUCCAGAGCAGAUAAAAAAAAAGUAUCCUAAGAAUUUAGGGAAAUGACCUUGAUUGUGAAGAGAAAGACUAUCCUCCAACAAAGCCAGAGUCAAGGUCCCAAUGAGCAGUGAGAGAAAAAUGGGGAAGAAGGACAAGGGCACGAGAGAACUGGUGAGAAGGGUGGGAAGGAGGAAUCUCUCUUUGCACUGGGAGAGGGACUCUGGCACACUGAAGGCAGGAAGGUUCCUUUCUCUUCUCUUUUUCCAGGAGUGAUAAGAAAGAGAGGGGAAAUAAGAGAAAGACGGAGGGCAUUGCGUAGAAUAAGGGAGAAGGGGGACCAGUUUUACUUUUGAGAUUUGGGCUCUGACUGACUUCACUGAAGUUCUCAGUCUUGCAUGUUAAUCCAUUGGGUUGGGGGUCAAAAUGGAGGAGGUGGCUCUAAAGGUUUGGUUGGGUGCUCAGAGAGGGCGGCGUGGAGGACAAGUUGCAAAGGUUGUGAUACCCUGAAAUUUUAUUAAAACUUUGGCAGAACAUAAGUAGGGUGGCUUUCCUUUUGAGAUUGUAGAAAAGCUAAGGACUACAACUGCUACCAUCAUGACCACUGUAUGUCCAAAGGAGUGCCCUCUUUAUGCUGGGCAGACUGUGACAGGCACUUCACACUCAUUGAUCCCAUUUAAUGCUCACACCAAAGCCCUGUGUUUCCAUUUUACAGAUGAAGAAACUGAAGUUUAGAGAAAUCGAGAGACUUGUUCAAGUUCACACAGAUCAUAAGAGUUAAAAACCUCUCUGACUGGUUGGCUGGGUGCUUGCUUCCUCCCCUGUUCCCCCUGAAAACCUCUAGGAAGAUUGGUUGAGAGUCAAGAAUAACAGUUCUCUUCUCCAAGCAGGCAUCUACCCUUCCUCACUCUUACGAGAAGACUGAAGAUGGAGGUUUUCUCUUCUGAUUUGCUGACUUCGGGCACAGUGGAGGGUGGGAGGGAGGUGGUGUUCUGCAGCUUGGGAGGAAAUGCAUCAAAGCCUUCAUGGUAAACAAGAGCCCCAGAACCCUUCCCUUACUCAGCAGCCAGAAUGAUGACAGACUUGUAGCCUGUCAAGACAGGAGCCUGGAGGAUCCUCCCAUGAAAAAACUGCCCAUCCCAAGAAAAAAGAUCAACAUAUACAGACUGUUGGGGAUUCCCCAACACAAAGGCCAGGGCUUG